CCGGCUCCGUCCCCAGCCAGCGAUGAGCGCUCUUCGGCAGCAAAAAGGCGGAGACGGACACACGGACGACGCCUGGGGAAGGCAGGCGCUGGAAGCGAGGAGUAUCUUCAGGAGUGAUGUCACCGGCGAGGCGAGCCCUGCCCGGGAUUGUUCGGCGUCGCCGCUCCGGAGCCCGGAGGGCGCGCUGUCACUCGCGCUGGAGGCGGCGCGGGGAGAGGGAGGGGACGCCUCGCGAUCGCCCCGCGCGCUUCGGUCACCGCGCUGCGCUCUGGCCAGUCGGGUGAGCACCGGCCAGGGGCGGAUCGUUUAUUCCCGCUGCUCCCCAGGAUGGCGCGGGGCGGGGCGCGGAGAGUAGAAACCAAAUCUGCCAAUAAUUGAACUUGCGUACUCGGCAGGAGAUGAACCCAAUUCACUGGGAGAGACUUCCAGACGCUUAGGGUCCUAGGCAGGUGUUUCUCGCCUGCUUAAACCGUGUUUGGAAGAAUGUCGCUCUGGAGAGAGUGUUUAGAAGAUUGUUCUAAUUAGAACUGCAUAAUGAUUUGCCUGAAACAGAUGGAAGGAAGCGGGAGUAAGCAGCGUCCAGAAAUGCACCCUCAGCCCGUCAUGGCAUUGCAAGCUUCUUAACCCGUGAAUGUUGACUGCAAAUAACCUACGAACGUUGCGGGACCGUUAAGACAUCUGCUGCACUGGGUUUUGAAGAUUUCUGAUCUUCCUCUGAUUUCAGUCGUCUGUACCAGCAACUGCUAAUGGGGUUGGAGCUAGUGGCUCAAGUUCACACACCUGAAGGAGUCCUUUUCCUCAGGUGAAACUCAUCAAGGAGACCUAGCGGACAAAAAUCAUUAAAAUGUUAACAGUAAUCAACUCGGAAUGAUGGUACUGGAAGGUAGAGGUUUUGUAGGUCAUUUUGUUUUCUAUAUUUUUAAACGUUCUAGCAUAAACAUCCAAUAUUUAAUAGGCUCUAUUUAGAAAAUUUAAUUAGAAAAAUUAAAUAGCACAAUUCUAAUCCAAAACACCAUUUUGCAAAAGCAAUUCUGAGAAAUAGAACUACUAUCUCUGCUACUGAGAUAUUCAAUUCUAGGAUCCUUAUAACAUGAUAUUGCAUGUGUGUGUGUGUGUGUUUGUGUGUGUGUGUGUGUGAGAGAGAGAGAGAGAGAGAGAGAGAGAGAGAAUGAGAAUUUCAUCGGGAUAUUAUCCUGGUUAUAUAACUGUGUAUAAAGUAAUCUUCAUACAUUAUUUAAUCUUCACAAGAGCCAUCCUAGUGGAAUAGAUGUUAAUAUCACUAUUACAGAUAUGAGCAGACUGAAUAUCAUCAAAAUCUGACUAUAUAUAUAUAAAAACAAAAACAAAGAAUUCGUUCUACUAAGUCCUAAGAAAAAUGCCUCAAACAUCACACCUAGCACUCCUAGCCCAGUGUUUGACACAAAGUUGUGUUCAGUAAAGGGUGAGGUGCACCAAAGUCCCAAAAGAUAAUGGACAGCUGUGUCCAGGAAUUCCUAUCCAACGGGUUCAGGUCAUGUUCCAAUUAUUUCAGGGGCAAGUUCUUUAUAGAAACAUUUAGAUGAUACAUCCUCUGCAAUCUCAUUUUCGAAGACAUUUGCAGGGAAAAUGCAUUUGCUAUAAAGCUUUAUUUUAAAGAGGAUGCAAGUCUAAAAGUUUAACCAUCUAAUUUACUGUUUUUUUUUUUUAAUGGGAUUGAAGGUUAACACAUGCAUAUAAUAUAGAUUUGCUUCAAAAUCUUGAGCUGCUAAACUAGAUGGGUAAUAAGUUUUGAAAAGUGAAUAUUCACCUGUUGGGCAAUAAUAAUAAGAUCCACAACAUUAUGGAUCUUGUAUAUGCCUAAUAAAUAGGCAUAUACAAAUUAACAUGUGAAUUGCAUAUCAUUUACAAAGAAAAAACAUGACACUACACUUUUCUAAAAUAGAACUCUGAUUCCAAGUAAAAUAUACUCUAGUUUGCUCCUGCCAGGGUUUUCUAACAAUAGAUUCCCUGCUCACUUUGAAGGAGAUUACUUGAGUUGUCUACUCAACAAAGACAUAAGGCUACUUGGUACUUUUUUUUAACUGUAUACAACAGGAAAUAACACUCAUAUUUGUAGAACAUAUUUUUAUAUAACAACUUUACACCAUUAUCUUAUGUGCUAAUCAUAGAAACCAAAUGUGGUAGUUAUUUCUAUUAUUUUUAUCUUUUUCAGUUAAGGUGACAGGUUCAGAGUAGUUUAGUAACUUGCUCAAGGUCACUCAGAGACUUAUAUAGUGGUGAUGACAUUCAAAUUCAGUCUACAGUACUUCAAAAUGUAUUCUUACUUGAGAAAAAAAAAUUAUACACAUGUAAGAAAAAACUUUCCCCAACCUAAGUUUUAUUGCUUUCAAUUAGACAUAUAAAACAAUCAAAUUACCUAAUAUCAAUGAAUAAAAAAAAUCAGAAUGAACUUUGUUUACACUGUAUCUAUAUUGUAUAUCUAUAAAGAACCACAAAGUUUGUUGACCUUUGUGCAUUUACUGCAAGCCA